AUGAAGAUCAUCGCCAUUUUGCUCAGCUGCCUGGUCGGAGCUGCUGUAUGCACCUUUCCCAUGUAUGGAACGGGCGGAAUGAGCGGCAUGGGCGGCAUGAGCGGCUGGGGUGGAAUGAGCGGCAUGAGCAUGCCAUCAGGCGGAUCGUACUACUACAGAUCAUACAGAAGUAGCGGCUCUGGAUCUCCCUGGGGAAUGAGUGGAAUUGGCGGAAUGGGAGGAAUGGGCGGAAUGGGUGGCAUGAGCGGUUGGGGCGGAAUGAGUGGAAUGGGCGGAAUGGGUGGCAUGAGUGGUUGGGGAGGAAUGGGCGGAAUGGGUGGCAUGAGUGGUUGGGGAGGAAUGGGCGGAAUGGGUGGCAUGAGCGGUUGGGGAGGAAUGGGUGGAAUGGGCGGAAUGAGUGGUAUGGGCGGUUGGGGAGGAAUGAAUGGGAUGAGUGGCUGGGGCGGCACUGGAGGCAUGGGCGGAGAAUAUUACAUCUCUUCCGAGUCAUCUGGCGGUACAAAAUAUCGCCUAAAACAGUAG